AUGAGCCGGAGCUGGGAAGCGGUGCGGAGCUUCCUGGAGCAGCUGGAGGCGCGGGGCGGCCAGGAGGGGGCUGUCCUCGCCGGCGAGUUCAGCGAUAUCCGGUCCCGCUCAAUCUCCUGGAAGACUGACAAUGUGUACUCCACGGAGGCUGGCUGCCAGCCGGAAAAUGUGAAGAAGAACCGCUACAAAGACGUGGUGCCUUAUGAUCAGACUCGAGUGAUCCUUUCCCUGCUUCAGGAGGAGGGACACAGUGAUUACAUCAAUGGCAACUUCAUCCGGGGCUCAGAUGGCAGUCAGGCCUACAUUGCCACACAAGGACCCCUGCCGCACACGGUGCUGGACUUCUGGCGUCUGGUCUGGGAAUUUAGGGUCAAGGUGAUCCUGAUGGCUUGUCGAGAGGUGGAGAAUGGGCGGAAGAAGUGUGAGCGUUACUGGGCCCAAGAACAAGAACCACUGCAGAUUGGGCUCUUCUGCAUCACCCUGAAAAGGGAGAAGUGGGUGAAUGCCGACAUCAUUCUCAGGACUCUCCAGGUCACCUUCCAGAAGGAAUCUCGAUCUGUGUAUCAGCUGCAGUAUAUGUCCUGGCCAGACAGAGGGGUCCCCAGCCAUCCUGAGCAUGUGCUUACCAUGGUGGAGGAAGCACAUCGCCUCCAAGGAUCUGGCCCUUGCUCACCCCUCUGUGUCCACUGCAGCGCAGGCUGCGGGCGAACAGGCGUCCUCUGCACUGUGGAUUACGUGAGGCAGCUGCUCCUGACCCAGACAAUCCCACCUAAUUUCAGCCUCUUUGAUGUGGUCCUCAACAUGCGGAAACAGCGGCCCUCCUUCGUGCAGACCGAGGAGCAGUACAGAUUCCUGCACCACACAGUGUCUCAGAUGUUCCUCUCAGCGCUCCAAAAUGCCACCCCCCACAACCAGAACCUCAAGGAGGUAUCAAGACCCGUUUCCACUCUCGUCCACCAUCAGCACCCUCAGAGGCCUCGAUCCAGAGCAGAGAAUCGCACUCCACUGUAUGAUGAUGUCCUCUCCCUUCCGUCUUCUCCGAACCUUCCUGCCACAUCCCGCCCACUUGACGGGGUCCUCAGGAGCAUUUCGGUUCCUGGGCUACCAGCCCUCGCAAUGAGCGACACCUACGCGACCGUGCAGAAGAAGCACGGGGCCCCGGCGUCCGCGCGGGCGGGCGGCGCAGGUGGGGAGGCGCUCUACAGCCAGGUCACCCCGCGCGCUCUCCGGGAGCCGGCGCGCGCGGGCUACGAGCUCGCGGCGCCGCCCAGCUGCAUUCCUACAGACGGAAACUCAACCGCACCGAAUGCCUAUGAGGAUGUGGCGAAUGGAGCGCCCAGCGGCGGGCUCGGCUUCAAUAAGCGCAUUGGAAAACCAAAAGGACCUCGGGAUCCCCCUGCUGAAUGGAGCCGUGUAUGAGUGCUGCCUACCUGUUGCUCCGCGUGAGGACUGGACUGGUGGUUACUGGUGGCCAUGUUCUACUGUGAAUUGUUGGAAUGGGUCCCAUGUGGAAUGGGACCAACAUGCCUGGAUCAAAAUAAAAGAUUUGCAGGGUG